GGGCAGUGAGUCGCUGUGGGGGAUUUGAGUCCAGCCUCCAGUCGAGCGGGUGCAGAGUUGUUUAGUGAGUGAAUACAAACAGGCGGACGGCACCGAGCUCUCAUGAAGAAUGUGACGGCGUUUUGUUGUCAUUUUUCAUAGCAGUCUUCGCAAUAGUUUUAUUUUUAAAUGUCUUAUAGGGCGUAGUAGAAGCCAUGGAGCCGAUAACUAAGUGGACGCCAAAGCAAGUUGUGGACUGGAUGAAAGGUCUGGACGACAGCCUCCAGCAGUACGUGAACAACUUCGAGCGGGAAAAGAUCAGCGGCGAACAGCUGCUGAAGAUCACCCACCAGGACCUGGAGGAGCUCGGCGUGGCCAGGAUCGGACACCAGGAACUGGUGCUGGAGGCCGUCGACCUACUCUGCGCUCUGAACUAUGGGGUGGAGACGGACAACUUGAAGAAUCUGGUCCUGAGGAUGAGAGCCGUCACCAACAGUCUGCACAUUCUCACGUCUGACCGCAGGAAAAGCCCCGCGUAUGACGGCAGCACCUCCCGCAAGCCGCCCAACGACUUUCUUACCUCUGUGGUGGAGCUGAUCGGCGCCGCCAAGAGCCUUCUGGCCUGGCUCGAUAGGACACCUCUUACCGGGAUCAGUGACUUCACAACCACCAAGAACAAGAUCAUCCAGCUGUGCCUGGAGCUCACCACCACAGUUCAGCAGGACUGCAGUGUUUAUGAGAUGGAAGAGAAGAUCCUGGAAACUUCAAAGAUUUUGAACAGCAUUUGCGAUCAGACCGUGAGAACCAUGUCCGACCCCCUGAUGAGUCAGUCUGCCUGCUUGGAGGAGGUUCAGCUGACCAACAUCCAACCCAGCGAGGGUCUGGGAAUGUAUAUCAAGUCCACCUAUGAUGGGCUACAUGUCAUCACGGGAACCACAGAACAUUCGCCUGCAGACCUGUCCAGAAAGAUCCACGCUGGUGAUGAGGUGAUCCAGGUGAACCAGCAGACAGUGGUGGGCUGGCAGCUGAAAAACCUAGUCAUCAAACUAAGGGAGGACCCCAAAGGUGUGGCUCUGCUGCUGAAGAAGAGGCCCACGGGCACAACAGGCUUCACUCCUGCCCCCCUCAAGAACAUGCGCUGGAAGCCGCCAGUGCCUCAGAACACUUCCUCCUUGAUCAGAGCCCAGUCUCCCUGCGGUUCUGCCAACGGUUCAACCAAGAAGGAGAAGCCGGCUAUCCUGGACUUGUACAUCCCCCCUCCUCCACCGGUGCCGUACACCCCACGUGAGGCGAGAACAGAUUCCUUAUCCAGCAUUAGCAAAAGACCAAAGGGCUCCGAGUCCCCCAACUCCUUUCUGGACCAGGCGAGCAGGAGGCACACCACCAUCGAUUACGACAAGCCAAGCACCGUCUGUCCCAUCGAAGCCAACGUGAUCCAGCCCAGAAUGCGAGAGCACAAAGUGUCCCGUGGGAAGCCCCGGCCGCUGUCCAUGCCAGUGGACACCUGCGUUGGAGUGGUGGACCCCUACGCCAAACCCUGGGCGCCGGGAAGGAAAGGCGAGGAGCUCCUGUACCGAUACCUGAGCAACGAGAGGAUCCCCACCAUAGCGGAGGAGGUGUCUGCGGUGUCGCCCGCGUACAGGCCCGCCGGGCAGCGCCACCUCGUCCGAGUGGACCACAUCCGGGGCAGCCGCUACUACUCCAACUCCGACCUCCACAACAGCGCCACCAUCCCCUACCAGGAGGACGUGAAAAAGCCCCCCAUCUCCAAGCGCGCCACGGCUGAACGCUCACUACUGGGAACUGACUGGCACUCUAGCAGUGACUUCCUCAACCGGUACAGUCAGUCGCACAUACGGUCCUGGUCCUUCUCUCAGGCAGCUGCCUUCCCCAUAUCCGUGUACCCCUCAAUGGCUGCUGAUGACUACAACCCUGUCUCCCUGCGACACAAAUCCAAGAAGAAGAGCAAAGGAGGCAAUGGGACAAUGAGCAGGAGGCGGAUCUCGGUGAAGGAGCUGGGCCAGCCGGACCACCAGGGCUGGCUGUACAGGAAGAAGGAGAGCAAAGGCUUCCUGGGCAUCAAAUGGAAGAAGUACUGGUUUGUGCUGAAGAAGACGGCCCUGUACUGGUACGCCAACCAGCUGGCGGAGAAGGCCGAGGGCUACAUUGACCUCGCCAACUUCACCAUUGACAGAGCCAUCGAGUGCAAGAAAAAACAUGCGUUCAAGGCCUGUCACCCGCAAGUCAUGAUGUUUUAUUUCGCCGCCGAGAGCCAUGAGGAGAUGAACCGGUGGUUGAACAAGCUUGGACUGGCCUCCAUUCACUACGAGGCAACGGAGCGGAACGCUGCAGCCGAGUGUUAUAGUGAAGCCAGUGACCACGAAGAGGCUGAGACCACAGACAUCCCCCCUCCGCCGUACACGGAGCAGACCACCCAGGACUCCUUGGAUACCGCUGGUCCACCUGGCAGCACGCAUCAGGGAACUCUUCCUCCCCCCUACUCCCCCCCGAUGAGCAGCGAGGCCGCCGGUUCGCUCUCGUCGCCCGUCAGCACGAUGACGUCGCAGAGCUCCGCCUCCUCGGUGACCAAGCGGCAUUCCUGGCUGGACCUGGUCUCGCAGGCGCCGCCUUCCGCCGGGGAGGUGCAGUGCUCGGCGCAGGUGCACUCGCACCGGCCUCCGCGAGAGGAGGGAAAAGGGGGGGAGGAGGAGGAUGUUCAGGAUUUUUCCGAACCGAAGUCUAAUGAUGAAAGUCGUGCUGCGGAGGUGAAUGCACCGACUGAUGCUCUACACGUUCAAGAUAAAGGGCAUCAUGGGAACAAUUCAGAUGAAAUGGAGAAGCUGUACAUUCAUUUGAAAGAGGCCAGCCUCUCGCCGAUAGGAGAACGGAAACCUUCUACAAAGACCGAGUACAGGGCCUCCUUCAUUAAACGCUGCAAAAACCAAGCUGUGAAUAAUAAACUGCACCAAAUCAGGACACUCAACAGCACCUUAAAGUCAAAAGAAGCUGACCUACAGGCCAUAGAGCAGGUGUUGUCAGAACCCAAGCUUACGUCAGGCAAGUUCAGAGAGUGGAAGGAGGCCAACGUGCCCCUGGUGCAGGAGAUCUGUGUUAAACUGAACCAGCAGGUGGCAUCAGAGGCCACAACAGCGGCAGCAUCAGUCACUUCUCCCGCAGAGACCAGUUUAUAAAGACUGUUUUUACCGUUUCUGGACUCGGAGGAUUUCACGUUGGCAUUAUUGGAAUGCACAUAUUGCUGUUGCCCUCAUUAGUGGGCUUGAACAAAUGUUCAACACCUAACGGGCAUAAGAGUGCUUAAUUCCUAAACCGAGACGUUGCAGUUACAUGAUUGACAGGUCACGCUACAAUGUAAUAUGUCUUGGUGUUACUGUACUUCCACUGUAAGAGUAUCAAGUCUUACAGAUUGCUUUUAUGUUGCUAUUUUAUGAAUCUAUGCAUAAAGUCUUUUACUUUAGAAUGACAGACUGUGCAAUGUAUCUGUCUGUUGCAAGGAAACACUUGUUUUUACAUUGUUUUAUCUGUUUUAUUUUGAUUAGUAGUGACAAACAGGGUUGUUUUGUAUUUUAUUGGUGCUAUGCACCAUCAAAGCCUUUUUAGAAAAGUAUUGUUAGUUAUAAUCAGAAAUUAUACUUAAUAUUAGGACUUUGCAGACUGAACAUGAAAUAACAUAAUAUUGCAAUAUGUAGUAUCACAGGGCCUAAUCAUUAUUACCCCAACAUACUGUAAUUUAAAUUAGUACUCUCUGUUUAUUUAAGUAGAAUAAAAUAUGUAGGACUGUGUCAGACAAGCAGGGACCUCUGACGUGCUAACAACUACUAGUAGACGCGACUAAGAUCCAGGAAUAAAUGUUAUUUCUGAAACUGAAAGUUCCAACAUUCAUGUGUUGUUGAUAUUAUGUAAUAACUUUGUAAAUGGUUGUACAUGUGCGUUUCAUAUCCAUUUUGUCCGUGGACUUGUUUGUAUAGUUACGUGGAAAUAAAGUAUUGUCUCAA